GCUGAACCGAACUCAAAACUCCCCCACCCGAGAAAUUGCCGGCCGGCACUCGAUCGCGUGCAUGCAUUGACUAAGUUCAAGUCGAGCUCCGCCGAAGCUUUUCUUCCACCUCGACAACCCACCCCAGACAAAUCCCACUCCCGCCCAUUCGAACGACCCCGGCUUACCAGAAGCCGUCAGCGAUGGGCACCGCCAAGCCACCAUGAUGAAUCGAGUCACGGUCUCGGGGCUGCGGCUCCGACCCAGCAGCACCGCUGUUACUGCUACCGCUACCACCACCACUCCCAACACCGCACACCCCCCCCUCCGCAUCCAGCAGCAGCUUGCCCGCAGCACCCGCCCCUCGACGUUGUCCUACGCCAGCCACCGCCGGUACGCCACGAAGCCAGGCUCGGCCCCCGAAUCCCGCCGGCGCGCCGUGACACCCUUCAACGACACGGGCAACGUGCCAUGGACCGAGCUGUCGGCCGCCGAAAAGACGGGGCGCGCCGCCCAGCAGACCUUCAACUUCGGCAUGGUUAUCGUGGGGGUGGUGUUGACGGGCGGCGUGGGCUACGUGCUGUACUCGGAGGUGUUCGCGCCCGACAGCAAGACAACGUACUUCAACCGGGCGGUUAACCGCAUCAAAACGGACCCGCGGUGUCUGGAGCUGCUGGGGGACGGCAAGAAGAUCACGGCGUUUGGUGAGGAGACGCACAACAAGUGGCGGCGCGCUAGGCCGAUUGCCUCGACCAUCACCAAGGAUGGGCAGGGAAACGAGCAUAUGAUGAUUCAAUUUAAUGUCCAAGGGCCGAAAGGCACGGGCCGAGUCGGUAUGCAUCUCGUCAAGCGUGCUGGCCAUGGCGAGUACGAGUACAAGUACUUCUUUGUAGACGUUCGGGGCCAUCAAAGGAUAUACCUCGAGAACGCCGAUACUUCACGUGCGAAGGACGGAGAGAACAAGGGGUUCAGGAUGUUCGGUGUCAAGUGGACUUGAUGAGUCGGUAAUGUGUCAGGCCCACCUCUGGGAACUUGAGCGCUGUAUACUAUGAGCUGCAAGCUGGGGAGCGUUGUUUGUAUGUUUCGAUUGACGACACGUCAAACGCAAAGGCCCCGAGGGGCAUUACCACACCGACUAAGCUAGUGUACAAAAAUGAUGCUACAAUCUGUAU